AUUCUGUGCCAGUUUCCACCCUUUCCAUCCUCCUCCCUUUAGGGAUCAUUUAAGACCUUGUUGGUAACAUACACACACUUGGACAGUGUGGGUGCAGGAGGUUUUACAGCGACGUUCUUUUCCACCAAACUAGGGAGAUUUGUGCGAAAUACUUAAAAUGGACAACCAUGCUUACAACUAUCCAUCUGACUGCACCCCGCUUACCAACUGCAACUCUAGUCGUAAGCCUGGAGGGUCUACAGUGGUGAACAUGGGGGCAGAUGGCAAAAAGCCACCCAGCGACUAUCUGGUCUGGUCUUUGUGUAACACUCUUUAUGUCAACUUCUGCUGUCUGGGAUUCAUGGCUCUAAUCUACUCUAUCAAGGCUAGAGACCAGAAGACCAUGGGGAACCUGCAGGCUGCCCAAGAGUGUUCGGACAAGGCCAAAUGGUACAACAUCCUAGCUGCUGGCUGGAACCUGCUGGUGCCCCUGCUGGUGGUGGUUCUCCUGGUGCUGCUGCUGGUCCACCUGGGCACCUCUCAGGGUUCCUUUGACUUCUUUGGAGAAGAUGGCUUUCAGAGUUUUAUGAAGCUUUUUAGCAGGUAGACAGGACACAAGAGAAGGCAUAGAGAAGGUGGACAGGGAGAGUCGGAGCGAAAGAAAGAGAAGAGCGGAGGAAGAAGGAUGGGAGAAGGUGGAGAAUAUUUCAACAUUGAAAUCAAAUCAAAUUGGAGUGUGUGAGAAGGGGGUUGGGGGAGAAGGAGGAGGUUCAAGAGAUGAUCUCCUUCCUUAUUCAAGACAAAACUUUAAACAAAACAAAAAAAGAAAAAGUGUUAUAUUUUGUUCUGUUUAAUUUUAUUAAUUUUAUUACAACUGCUCUUUGUUCACUUUAUUUUCACAUACAUUAUUAUUAUAAUUUCAGUGUUACUUUUGUUGACAUUGUAGUAUUGUUAGACUAUGUCGUUCUCUGUCAAUUCUGGAAAAUGUGAUCAAAAACAAUGAUGUUUCUUUAAGGGUCAGAUACUGUGCCAUUGUGCCAUAUGUGUAAUAUUUUUACCAGAAAGAUUUCUUUGCAUUACCUUCCAUCACUCAUUUAAAAAAUCUUUUGACAGUUUUUGGUUAAUGUCCCUCACUUGGCUAAGCUACCUGUGUAAUCAUAAGCAAGCAUUCAGCAAACAAGCAUUCAGCAAAUAAUAUAGCUUGGGAUGAGAAUAUUGUAGCAUAUUAAAUCAAUUUUAGCCCACUGUUAGUGUUGAUCCAGAAAUGCUUUUUCAGAUUUUUGUGCCACCACAUUCAUCCACAUUUGGAUAUGGAGACAAAACCUCCACAUAGCUGAAGUUAGGAUAUCUUUAGACUGUUUGACAUGAACACUGAAGAGUUCACAGGCAUGUGUCUCUUGAAAUGUAUUUCAGUCACAUCUGGGGGUUCAUUUGCUGCAAUUUAGUAUUCAUCUGAAAUAACUAAUAUGAUAUAUCCUAAAAUUACUUUUGGAAGUUCUCCAUGUUUUUGUCUCACAAACAUCUCACAAACGUCCUCUGACCCAGUCCAUCCAAAUUGUUUAAGAAUGUCGAAGCUUCA